UUAUUUAAUUACAUUUUCAUUCUUCAAACUUGAAUUAUUUGACGGGAAGCGAGUUCACCGUUUGAGGAUCAUAACUUUGCAUUUUGACUAGUUUUAAUGGAGUUUUGAGUUCUUUUUCGCCGUACAUGACUGAACCUGUAGCCAGUGUUGCCAGAAUGGGCCAGAUUUCCGGCCCAAUCUGGCAACACUGCCUGUAGCAGCCUGUUUUACAUGGAGGUUAAACCCUGAGCUGAAUGCUGAAGACUGAACUCAGUCCAUGUGGUACACAGGCCUACACUUCAAACGUAUUUUAUUUAAGAACUAAUCUGUCAUUUAUUCUGUAUACAUUUUUUUGUUAAAAAGUUAAUCGAAACAGCAGUUUCCAAGAACAAUCCGUUUUGAGGUAAAUGUUGUGGAUGAGAAGCCAGAUGAAAGGGAUGCAGACUGCAGACAUCGGGGUUCAAAACCGUAACCUUUCGGUCGGGGGUCACACCAGAAUAUCUUGCACCGUUUGACUGAUCUGACCUUUGCACCCCGGGAACCACUUCCUCUUCUCUUCAGUCGUUCUGACUCCCUCAGAAUCCCCUCCACCUGGAGUAAUCAUCAGGGUGGACCCCCAAAAGCAACAUGGAUGAUGUUAGAUGCCACAGCUCGCAGCCAUCAGGGGAGCCCCAACGACCAAGGGAGCCCCAUCCACGGACACCCAGCCAAAGGUGCUGCUUUCUGGGUGUGGAGACCUCCCCAGAGCUGCUGUGGGAAGACUGGGAGUUGGGGAAGAACUUCACCAAGACCUUAGUAUUAAAGAAUGUCCACAGCAAGCUGCAGAAACUACGGCUCAGGGCUCCAGUGUCCAAGUACUUCAGGAGUGUGCUGACCCAGCAGAUCCUCAUCAGCCCAGGCACCUCCUACCCUCUCCCGCUCACCUUCAGCCCACACGAGAGGUGUGAGUACGAGGACAGUGUAGCUUUUGAAGGGAGGGACGGCAGCUUUGUGGUGUCUCUUCGGGCCACACUCCCCCGCCACGCCCUGGUGGCUCCAGACUCUGUCCUGCUGCCAAUCUGUGCCCUGAAGCACUCCACACAAACCACGCUGGUGUUAAAGAACCAAAGUAAACUCCAUACAUGGUUCCAGUGGGAGUGUCCACCACCGUUUCAUGUGAGCCCAGACCAAGGCCUGCUGGAGCCCAGCCAGGAAGGUCUCAUCACUGUGGUCUUCCAGCCACACGAGGCGCUGGUGCACCAGCGGGAGGCUUUCUGCAGGUUUGGCGACACAGGAGAAGAGCUGCUAGGCCGAUGCACUGUGCUCCUUCGAGGACAAGCCAAAUACCCCUCUCUCCAGCUGAGGUGCACAGAAGGAGAGGAGGAUCCUGAAGCCGCUCCAGAGUUGCUCUUUGGCUCAGUAGCAAUAGGCUGCCACCGCAAGAAAUCCUUUACCAUCUGCAACAUGUCACCUGUGACUGCAUCGUUUGCCUUCUCUUGCCUGCAAGGGGGGACACCCCAGCUGGGGUCCGAGUUUAGCUGUGAUGUCAGCUCUGGGGAGGUUGCGCCUGGGUCAUCGCUCAGAGCUACAGUCCACUACAGCCCAGUUGUUGUGGACACUGUUGCAGUCGACUACUUGACUCUUGUGUGUCCAGGGGCGUUAAACAAAAUCCAGCUCAAACUCACCGGGACCUGUAUAGGCCCCAUCGUGACCUUAUCCUGCUCCAUGCUGGACUUUGGCCAUCUUGACCAAGGACAGGCGGCCAUGAGAAAGGUGGAUCUGGUGAACUCCUCCCCCUGUGAGGCAGUCUACCAAUGGGAUUUGGACGGCUGUGGUCACAGCGUGUUCAGCGUCCAGCCAACAGGGGGCACUCUGCAGCCAAACAGCCAUAUCACACUAAAGGUGGCGUACAGGCCCCAAUCCCCCAUGAUACACCACCGGAAGGUUGCUUGUCUUAUACUGCAUAGGGGCCCCGUGUUUCUUGAUGUCAUCGGUACCUGCCACUCUGAGCUCCAGAAGCCAGCCGUCCUCCGACCCAAACACCUGACCACGUACCGGCUCCAUCGGCGCCGCGGGCUCACGCUGUACCCUCCGGACCAGCUCAGUGCCAUGCUGCAGAACCGCAGCCUGCGCCUGGACCACCAGGGGGCGCUGUGUCUGCUAGACGAGGAGUCGAGCGAGUGCAGUGCGGAGAGCCCAGACAUCCUCUCUGAGAACUCCCUCACGGAGGAGUAUUACCAAGCCUCUUCAGGAGGCCUUUCCCCCCUCUCUUCCUCAUCAUCUUCCUCCCACAUCAGCGUGGAGCCCGCCGAGCUGGUCUUCCACUGUGCUCCAUCCACUCCCUCGCGCUCUUCCUCGCAGUCUGUCUGCGUCACAAACCGUACAAAGGGGAUGGUCAGUCUGGUUUGGACCACUGACCCUGACUCCCCAUUCGCUGUAUCUCCUGUGUCAUGUGACCUGAGUUCACUAAAGUCCACUUCGUUUGGUGUGAGCUACGACCCCAAACAGCUCAAUGCACUGCAUGGAGCUCAGCUGGAGUGUUUUGCCAUUUAUAAAGUGCUGCGAGAGCCGGGCCAGGUGGAGGAGGGGCUCCUGUUCCCGUCCUGGUGUGUGACCGUCCGGGUCAUAGGUCACUCCUUUCAGCUGGGCCGGGAGCACUUUGUGCCACGCUGCACUCUACAGCCCCCCACUGUGGUCUUCCCAGCACUGAGCCUCCUCUCCUACCGGACGGUUCUUCUCCAGAACUCCGGAGACCUGCCCCUCUCCUUCAACCUCCACCCCGACCAGUCCUCCCCCUUAGCGGGCUCGGUGUCUGUGGUGCCGGGCUGUGGCCUGGUUCUGCCUAGGCACCACCAGAUCCUCCACCUCAGAACCACCCCCACCGAGGACUGUCCCCGACACGGCUUCAGCCUCAACCUGCAGCUCAACGGUGCCAUGAACACGCAGGAAAUUACAGUGAUCAGCUGGGUGGAAGAGCCGAGUGUUGCCAUGGAAGCGGAGGGCUGCCUCCACCUCCAGCCUACGGCGGUGGGGUCCAGCUCGCAGCGCAGCCACUGCAUCAGGAACACCAGCCGCGUGCCCCUGGGUUACCAGUGGAGGAUUCCUGGAGAGGACAGCAGAGUCAUCUGUGUGGACCCAGAAUCAGGAGAAAUGCAGCCCAACGACAGUGUGGUCCAGACAUGGAUGUUCAGCCCAUUGGAGGAGACAACGUACAACAUGACACCUUUCCUCAGCUUCUGGCCAAUCCAGACUCCUGGAGGUCGAACAUCACGACUUGGUCUUGAAGUGACGGCCAUGGGCUGUCAGGGAACCAUACGGGCUGAGAGCCCGGUGGUGGAGCUGGGGGAGAUGCUGGUUGGCGGCAGCAGGGCAGUGGAGGUUUCUCUGGUGAACAGCAGCCUCUGUCCCCUCUCCCUGGGCCUGGAGGUGCAGCAGACCCUGCUGGACCAGGAGCUGACCUCCGACCCCCGCUGCACUGAGCCGCUAGCCCUCCAUCUGGAGUCCAGCAGGAGAACCGUCCCCUCCUGCUCCAGGCUGCUGCUCACGGUUACCGUCACACCCCACAGACGGGCCCGCUACCAGUGGACCCUCAGCUACAAGCCACUGUCUGCUACUGGCUGUGAGCUGGGGGCCUCCGUGCUGCUGUGUGAGCUCAGGGCGGAGGGUGUGUUCCCCACCCUGCGGGUGGCCGACGCCCGCUGCGGAGGCAGUGUGGGUGGGCUCAGCAAAAGGCAGCUCUGGAGCCUCUUCUCAUUGGACAGCUUGAACUUACACCUGCUGUCAUGCCCCUCCCCUCAGGAGCUGACCUAUAGGAAGACCACACAGCGCAGUCUGCAUCGCUGCCCUAGCAUCUUUAGGGCGGCCAUAUUGGAUUUCAACUUCUGCUCAGCUCCGGUGGCUUCAGAGCCCUCUACUGUUCUAAUGCUGCUGGACAACAUAGGUCCUAUCCCUGCAGAGUGGGCCUUGCUGUUCCCAGAGAACCAGAGGAUGGAGGUGAAUCACUGGGCAGAGUCUGGAGAGUUCAGUAGCACUGAGCUCCACCAGAUGAAGGUCCAGGAUAACCGCCUCUUCAGCGUCUCUCCCCGCUCUGGAACACUGCCUCCUGGCCAGCAGAGGGCGCUGCAGCUCACCUACAGACACGACUUUGCCGGAGCCCACCGGCUGCCCGUGGUCUUCAAACUCUCACAUGGCCGAGAGAUCCUGGUCCAUGGCCAUAUUUGGGCGCAGCUUAACUUCCAGGGUGUGACAGUGGAGAGAGACCGACCGUAUCUUCACUUCAGCCGUCUUCAACAUGUCUUCUCCCCCGUGGCUGUUGGGGUCUUGAUACCUCCCAGACAGGUGUAUGACCUGUAUAACAGCAGUACGGUGGUGGUGCACUAUGAGGUGGAUGCAUAUCCUCUGCAGCAGCUUCAGGAGCAGAACUUCCACCACCCGGUGCUGUGCUGUCUCACCCCCCGGGGAGAGGUCCGUCCUGGGAGGACGGCCCAGCUAGAGUGGCUCUUCUCACCUCUGGAGGCUAAAGUGUACAAUGUGGACAUCGUGAUACACACACGAGGGGGCGACUCCACCGUGGUGAGCUUUGAGGGUCGGGGGUUCGAUCCCAGGGCGCUGGGCCCCUCGGAUCAUGUCUGCCUGCCGUCCGUGCCCUGUAUGCAGAAAGCAGCCCUACCUGAACAGGUGGUGUUCCUGUCUGAGGAGAGUGUUUCCCUGGGCAACGUACCCGUACACUCCCGGUCUACGAGGAUGCUCUCCCUGACUAACGUCUCCCACACUGAGGCCGUCCAGUACGGCUGGGAGUUACCUCAGCAGGACGGCCCACAGGUUGUGCAGAUGCAUCCCAGUAAAGGCAGACUGGGUGCAGGUGAGAGCAUCCUGUGUGUGCUCACCUUGAACACACCUGGCUGGACUGUCCUCUACCAGCUGGACCUCAUCUGUCAGAUCACCAUGGAGACGGAGCUGGCAGAGUACCGGGAGUCGGUGCGUCGUGUGGAGGAGGAGAGGGAGCGGCAGCAGCAGGAGUUCACCAUCACGGAGAGGGACCUCGGAGCAGGAGGAGGCCAGGCUACACAGGGGCCCCGCUCCGCUCCGGUCCAGGUCCCGCUCCCGCUCAGGAGAUACCAGACCCUCCCUCCUCUCCGCUCCAUCAGCUGCAGCACCAUGGCCGGGGGCAUGUACUCCUCCAGGGGCCCGCGGGCCGAGCGGCACUCCCGGAGGGAGGGGCCCGCGGGGGGAAGGAUGCCGACCCCCACCCUGCUGCACCUCGGGGUGACGGCGCGCUCCCACGGCCUGCUGGAGUACCAGGCCCUGUUCCCCGACAACCUCAGCCAGCACCAUGUCUACAGGAGUCCCAGAGUCGAAACCCAAGGUUCCCAUUGGGCGGUCUCCAGCACAGCGCCCCCUACUGCUGCCCUCCCUCAUUUGGUCCCCGGCCAGGAGAGAGACAUCCUCACCCACACACUCCUCUCACUGAUACGGAGCCUGAUUGACGACCAGGAGUUCCAGCGCCGCCUGGCCCGCCUCCCGUCGGAGCGCGUCCCGUACUUCAGCCAGCUCCGGGCUCCGGACCCCCCCGGCUACCCCUCCCCCGGUGCCCCCCUUCCACCCGUACCCCGACCGUACUCCGCCCCCCCGGGCCCCUCCCUGCCCCGGGGCCUCCGCCCGGCCGGCGCGGGGGUCGCUCUGAAGGAGCGGCCCCACACGGUGGGUGCUGCGGAGAACCACCCAAGGCCCUCGCUGGACUCCAGACAUGCAGACCUCCAGACCCAGCGAGACCCGGACCGGGGCCACGUGCGCCGCAUUAUACGCAGGUGUGCUGAGUUCAGCGACGUGUGUGAGGACGUGCUGUUGAACACACUGCAGAAUCUCAUGAUGGAGGCGUUCCACAGAGAGCUGGACCUGACUGCCCCUCCCCCCCCCCCCCCCCCAGCAGCGAUGACAUCAGUGUCUCCAGGAGGGGAGAUGGUUCAUGAGGGCCAAGGCCAACAAUGAACGGGCCAAUUGGAGAGAGAGCAACCGAGGAAAAGCAGCACAAACCAGUAGGGGCUUUACAUCUCCCCACCUCACCUGCUGCAUUUUAUAUUAUUUCGUAGUUCUUCCAAUUAAAUAAGACGAUUUUGACAAAGUGUAUUUUUUGUCUUGGUUAAGUAGAUGGAUAUUUGUCUGGAGGUGUAUUAUUUUAAUCGUUUGAGCUCAUAAAAUCCCGGCAUGUAAUUUACAUAUAUUUAAACUAGAUGGCGCUGUAUGCCAACAAACGGAACGGGGCUGAUUUGAUUGAUCUUUAUGCUGUUAGCUGAAGCCUCGUGAAGCCAUAUUGAUCUGCAGAGUUAAGCAGAAUGUGAACUCGCAAGAUAGUGAUGUUCUCAAAACUAUGCUAUAUCGGCACAAAUUAUACAUAAAUAUUCGAAAUGUAUUCAUGACAUUUAAUCAAUUGUCAAUGAGUUUAUUCAAAUGUAAACUUAUUUCAGAAA